GUCUGUUGCAGGUUAACGUUUUCUGAUGGAAGAGCAGAGGGGCUGCUGAUGAGAAAAUGACCUCAUCAUCUUGCAUCGUCUGGCAGAGCGAGAACAAAAGCGUGAUCCUGCUGGAUUUGCCGCGUUCAGUUGAGGAGGCACAGGUUUCCUCCAAGGAGUUGACAGCCGCAAACGGGGACCCUCGCAAGCUCCGCAGGUUGAUCUCGGCGGACCCCCCGGCGGCUCCGUUCCCGACGCCGGAGCCCAAGACGGGCGGACCCGGACCGCCGGCGGCGUCGCCCUCGGCGCAAGUGGCUGAGCUCAUGACCCAGGCAGCGGUGGAAUCAGCCUUGGAGGAGAUCAGAGUGUCAUAUAACGGGCCCUGGUGUCUCCCACGGAUUCACUCAAAACCCAAGCCAAGCCUGAAAUCAGGCUCACGUGCCUCUUCACCAGCUCCAGAAGCGGAGUCCCCCGGCCAUCCUCCCACUUCAUCCCUUCCAGAACCCGCUCCUACCGCAGUCCGCGAUCCAUCCCUUUACCACCUCCCGCUCAACUCCCAUCCCCUCUUGGGAACUAUCUCCUCCCGCCGCUCAACCCUCCUCUCCUGCACGCCGCCCGACCACUUCGACCUCAUAAUUCUGGACCCGCCCUGGCCAAACCGCUCUGCCAAACGCAAACGGUCCGGCGCCGGCGCCUACAGCCCGGCACCGGACCUGUCCUCGAUGCACACGCUCCUGCGCCAGAUCCCUGUGGCAUCGCGACUCGCGCCCGGCGGGCUUGUCGCCGUGUGGGUGACCAACGCAGCGCGCUUCGCCGACCUGUUGACGCGGCCGCGCGGCGGCUUGUUCGCGGCUGAGUGGAACGUCGAGCUGGUCGGCGAGUGGACGUGGCUGAAGGUCACGACGCAGGGGGAGCCGGUGGUUGGGGUCGGGUCUGGGUGGAGGAAGCCUUGGGAGAGGCUGCUUAUCGCGCGGAAGAGGGGAGGCAGGGCGAUGCAGGGAGGAGGGCUGGUGCCCGGGAAAGUGAUUGUUUCUGUGCCGGAUGUGCACUCGCGGAAGCCAAAUCUCAGAAGGCUUUUUGAGGAAUUGUUGCCGAAGCAAUAUGAGGCGCUCGAGGUUUUCGCGAGGAAUCUGACGGCGGGAUGGUGGGCUUGGGGUGAUGAGGUGCUGUUGUUUCAGAGGAGGGAGUGCUGGGUUGAUGGGGAUGAGGUUGAGGAAGAGGAAACGGGAAACAGCGGCGAGGCUUCGAGAUCGUGA